CUAUUUCUCCCAAAAAAAAAAAACAUACAGUGGAGCUCGCAAAUUAGUGGAUUUUUUUACCAUUUAUGGUAAUUUUCUUUCCCUAUUUGGGUUUGAUGAUGCUUGAUAGGAAACGGGGCUCUCGGGUUGAUUCUUUAUAAUUGGGAGUGCUACUAAGGAUUUAACUGGAGAAAUCUCUUGUUUCUUCUUGAUUCAGAUUAGUUACAUAAUGUCUUUGUCAAACAAUUUUUGAUAUUUAUUGUCAAAAAUGUUGUUCCUUUGAAAUCUUAUGGCCAGAGAUAAUCUUGAGGAAUUUUGUUGCUCUCGGUGCUAUUUUUCAUACUAAUUUGGUUUACUGUGCAUGCUUGGUCUUUAAUCCAACGUUAAUGCCUUGUUAUUUUAUCUUUUUGCUAAAAUUCUGGUGUUUCUGUUCUUGAAGUUUUCUGUAAAAAUGUAUAGUAAUCAUUCUUAGCUUGUUUACUCUCUGUUUGGAGAAAAGUUUUGGAAUAAACAUCAUGUAUUUGAUGCUAAAAGAAAGCUUUUCUCUCCAUAAAUUUUUUUUUAAAGGAGAAUUCCAGAUUCAACAUGCUGCUAAUUGUGUUUGCCAAAUCUCUGCUUCUUUUUCACGAAGAUUGUAGUACGAAUCUGUCGAGUCAUUCUUGUUUUGUUAGCUGAUCAUCGAAUUAAGAAAUGCUAACUGAGUUUUUAUCUGGUCCUUCAGCAACUGAAGUGAUGGGAGGCAAGACGGUUAAUAUUCAUGGUUUCCCGCUACAUGCUAGCGUUGAUUAUGCGAAGGACAUUUUGGAAGGAUUUAUAGGCGAUGGAUCCGUCUAUGCGCUCAAGCUUAGACAACCGGCAGUAACCACUCAAAAGUCGAGAUCUUAUGCUGUGGUUCAGUUCUUAACAGAAGGGCAAGCCAAACGAAUAAUUUACUUGGCUGACAAUAGCCUCUUGAUGUGUCAGGGAUAUUAUCUUAAGGUUCGAUAUAUGAAACGCGACAUUGUUCCGAAGCCUAGAGCUUCUUUGUUUGUUGUAGAACAUGCAACCCUUCAUUUUGGCUGCCCGGUCUUGAAAAGAAGCUUUUGUGUUCUCUGGAGUGCUUCCGACGUUCGCGUUAACUUUGGUUUUAAUUUGAGGAAGAUAUACUUUUUUGUCUCCCAGGGAAGUUUCAAAUACAAGCUCGAACUUUCUUAUGAAAGCAUAUGGGAGAUCCAGCUACACCGCUCGUCUGAUCAAGGUUCACAAUUCCUUUUGUUUCAGAUGGCAGCUGCACCUAAGAUUUAUGAAUUGGCCCUUCGUAGUUCCGGUCUCGUACACGAAGAUCCUCUUCUAAAUUAUUUUAAGGAAACUCCAGAUGAUCAGUGGAUUAGAUCAACGGAUUUUUCGCCCUCAUGCAGCAUGGGACAGUCAUCUGUAAUAUGUUUGCAGCUGCCCUACGACUAUGAACUUCCAAAUAUCCAUGAAUACUUUGUCUUUUAUGAAGAAUUUAACGGCCAUUAUGAACUGAACGGAGGAUAUUCCUACUCUUGCAAUAUGGAGCUAGUCCCCAUCGUGGAACCUCACCCAUGGAUUCAUGUGCCCUAUAAAAUACUCUUCAAGAUCAAUCAAAUGGUCCAGAACGGGAUCAUCAGUGGUCCGACACUUGAUGACGAGUUCUUUAGAUUGGUCUGCCCUUAUCUUGUGCCUGUUGAUUAUAUAGUGCACGCCAUAGAAAAGAUGUCAUGUUUCAAAAAGACCUGCUUGGAUCCGGCUAACUGGCUGUCUAAGCAGUAUCUAAAGUAUGAACAAUCAGACUGCCCUCCAAAAUCGCCUAGAAUUUAUUUGGAUGAUGGGUUAGUUUAUGUCCAUAGGGUUCAAGUUACCCCUUCUAAAGUGUACUUUUGCGGGCCAGAAGUUAACGUCUCCAAUCGUGUGCUACGGUAUUUUUCGGAUGAAAUGAAUAAUUUUCUCCGGGUUUCUUUUGUUGAUGAGGAUUGGGAGAAAAUGUACUCAACCGAUUUGUCGCCAUGGUCUGUUUCUUCAAAUGAUGCAAGACAUACAGCACUUUAUAAAAGAAUAUUGUCAGUCCUGAGAAAUGGUAUUGCCAUUGGCAAUAAGAAGUUCGAAUUUCUCGCCUUCUCGUCAAGCCAGUUGCGGGACAAUUCGGCGUGGAUGUUUGCUUCAGGAAUUGAGGUGACUGCAAGUGACAUUAGAAAGUGGAUGGGUGACUUCCGAAGUAUCAGAAAUGUGGCUAAGUAUGCUGCUAGGCUUGGCCAAUCUUUCAGUUCCUCCACGGAAACUUUAAGUGUUGGCAGGCAUGAAGUAGAUAUCAUUGAUGAUGUGUAUAACGGGACAAGUUAUUGCUUCUCUGAUGGAAUUGGAAAGAUUUCUGCUGAUUUUGCACGAAGAGUUGCUGCAAAAUGUGGCUUGAAGCGUUCAAUUCCUUCGGCCUUCCAAAUAAGGUAUGGAGGCUAUAAAGGUGUUGUGGCCGUCGAUCCAACUUCUUCUAAGAAGCUUUCUCUGCGAAGAAGUAUGUCUAAGUACGAGUCCGCAAAUACGAAACUGGAUGUCCUCGCAUACACCAAGUACCAGCCGUGCUUUCUAAAUCGACAGUUAAUUACUCUUCUUUCUACCUUGGGAAUCAGCGAUAGUAUAUUUGAAAUGAAGCAAGAAGCAGCAGUGAAUCAGCUGGAUAAAAUUUUGACUGAUCCUGAAAUGGCUUAUGAAGCGGUUGAGCUUAUGUCUCCUGGUGAAACAACCAAUGUUCUCAAAGAACUGUUGCUAUGUGGGUAUAAACCCGAUCGCGAGCCUUUCCUUUCGAUGCUGUUGCAGGCAUAUAGGGCAACGAGGCUGUUGGAACUGAGAACUAAGUCGAGGAUAUUUGUUCCAAAAGGGAGGGCGAUGAUGGGUUGCUUGGAUGAAACCCGCAAAUUAGAAUACGGGCAGGUCUUUAUUCAGAUCUCAUGCACUGGGAUCUCGCAGUUUCAAAAUAAUGGCUUGUAUAUGUUUGCUGAGGGCGAAUUGGACGAUCACACGGUUGUGGUGAAGGGAAGAGUAGUGGUUGCUAAGAACCCUUGCCUCCACCCUGGUGAUGUUCGUGUUUUAACAGCUGUUGAUGUUCCUGAUCUGCACCAUAUGGUCGAUUGUGUUGUCUUUCCGCAGAAAGGAAAGAGACCCCAUCCUAAUGAGUGUUCGGGAAGUGACUUAGAUGGAGACACAUACUUUGUCUGUUGGGAUCCGACACUAAUUCCUUCUCAGGUGGUUCCUCCUAUGGAUUAUACUCCGGCACCAACAGAGACCUUAGAUCACGAUGUUACUAUUGAGGAAGUGAUGGAGUACUUCACAAACUAUAUUGUCAACGACAGUUUAGGAAUCAUCGCAAAUGCCCACACAGUCUUUGCUGAUAAGGAGCCACUUAAAGCUUCAAGUAAAGCCUGUGUAGAGCUCGCAAAGCUGUUUUCUAUUGCCGUCGACUUCCCUAAAACAGGAGUGCCCGCCGAAAUUCCCCCUCACCUCCAUGUGAAGGAGUAUCCUGAUUUCAUGGAGAAACUCAACAAAGUUACCUACGAAUCAGAGGGUGUUAUAGGAAAACUCUACAGGGCAAUCAAAAACAGUACACCCCAGCCAGACAGUAUAAAGAAGUUCACAAAGGAGGUGGCAAGGCAGUCUUACGAUCCGGAUAUGGAAGUCGACGGCUUUAGUGAUUACCUCAACGAAGCUUCUUCUUUCAAGGAUGAGUACGAUUUCAAGCUGGGGAACUUAAUGGAACAUUAUGAGAUUAAAACAGAGGCCGAGAUACUCAGUGGCAGCAUUUUGAAGAUGGGAAAGACCUUUACCAAGAAAAAUGAUGGAGAAGCAAUUAGGUUGGCGGUAAAAUCGUUGAGGAAAGAAGCGAGGUCAUGGUUUAAAGAUAUGAGUGGUGAUGACGACCAGAGCGAAGAUGACUUAUAUGCGAAAGCAUCAGCCUGGUAUUAUGUUACUUAUCACCCGGACUAUUGGGGUCGCUACAAUGAAGGUUUGGACAGGCCCCAUUUCCUUAGCUUUCCUUGGAGCGUCUACGAUAAGCUGGUGAUCAUCAAACAAAAGAAGAUAGUGAUGAGGAAGAGGCAAGCUGAAUUGUCAUCAUGGAUGGAGCAAGGGUUGAGAAUCGUUUGAGAGAAUUGAAGUCAUUUUGGUGAUCUAUGUGUACACAUUGUGUACAUAUGUAAUAAUUAUUAGAGUGUGCUUGUGAAUCAGUUAAAGUAGUUAAUAUGGUUGUGUUGUAAUAAUAUUGUAAACUUUAUUAGAGUGUGCUUGUGAAUCAGUUAAGGUAGUUAAUAUGGUUGUGUUGUAAUAAUAUUGUAAACUGCUUGGCUUGUAAUAUUUUUCACGUAGCUUGUAUUAAUUCGAAACAUAUUCCUUGAGCCU